CGCGAUAAUUAUUCCAGGUGCGAAUAAAUUGGGAACAAAUGCCAAGAGGCAAAGGGUAAAAAGAAAAAAUUGCGAAAGAGUAGAGCAGAAAUAACAACUGAAAUUGAAACUGAUUGGAGCUCGAGCUUUGUGAUUUUCUAGCUUCUACGCCAACGACUCCAGUGGACCUAGAAAUAGAAGAAAUAUGAACGACGUCCAAGCAGCUUCUUCUAGGAGCUUGAGUGCUGCUGGACAAGGAACCAGUGGGCCUUUGCCAGGCUCAACACUGUUUGGUGAACGACCUCCGCCAAAGAAGACACUAUCCGACGUUCUGGCUCGGGCUGGUCGUGGUGAGUCUUUCGAGAGCUGGAAAAAGACAAUCGUGGAACUCGAUAGUGAUGAGAUAGCGCGUCGACAGGCGCAGCAAGGUGCGAUCUGCAGCCGGAAACUGGCUAUGGCUCAGGUAUUCAGAUAUUGCUGGAGACAACUAGAUUGGCUUGAGGCUUGUUCUUGUGUGAGUAUCGAUGCCACAUCAUAGGUUUUUUCGUUUCAGGCAGUCGCUCCUAGUCUCUAGGCAGACAGUUUGCUGAUUCAGAUGCGUGUCGUCCUCAUGGUUUAUUCGUAUUCCUUGAUCAUGCUACAGGUAAAUGCAUGGAGUACUCUCGCGAAAUUGAGAUGCGGAGGCUCGUCUUGUUCUGUGGGAAGUUGCAACUUUCCUUUGCCGCUGAAGAAUCUAGUGUCUGACUUUUUGGGAGAGCAAAUUCAACAACUUAGUGCCCUAGCUGCUGAAAGGGCGCACGCUGUGAGCAGGGGAAGCCGAGGAGACUCAACAGUUGCGUCUGAUGCUCUUGAAAAGCGAAGAAGCGCCGAUCGCCUCCAGGCGGUGAACUAUUACUUCGACUAUAUCCACACCCAAGCGGCACAAGGCGUGCACCGGGUUCCGAUCACUACUGAAAUCUGUGCCGCUGCGCCCAAGAUGAGCACUGGCGAGCCUGUGCGCCUUGACAUAGUUGUUCAGAGUUUAGUCAGGCAGGCGAGCUACCGCGUGGUCGAUGCUCACGACGAAGUCGUUGACUAUGAAAACAUGCUUUUGGACCCCACAGUGCUGCCGCUCUUCGUCCGCUUUGGCCGUGGUGAGUCAGCAAACCAGGAGUCUUCGGACCGUGCACUAAGCGGCAUGUUAAAGCUUGAGUAUGAACAGAGAAACUCAGCGCGGGGCCUUGCAGGCCGCCCUUCUGGAGUGCUGCAGGAGCGUGGCUACAUGAGCACUCUCCAGAAAGUUGUCAAGCAAACGCAGAUGAAGGCUGCAGAGUUCCUGCUGCAGCGGUUUAGGCAGUGUCUCGCGCUUGGGUAUCCAACGUUGGAAGUCACGAGCGAUCUUGUGCAAGGGCCACAUUAUCCAAAGCUACCCAAUGGGAACGUUUGCCCACUGUCGCUCGCGCGUCUCCGUACUGACCUCCACGAGUCACUUCACAUUUUCGGGGACUAUUUGUCGCUCUUCCGGCAGCUACAUACCGUGGCAAAUAAGUCUACCCAGUUUCUUGAAAACAUCGAGUUGAGAAAAGCUGAUACUGACGGCGGUGCCCUUAUGCCCAAGGCGGUGGAAGAGCUAAGUCGCCUGGCUGACCCGCUUCCCUUCACGAUCUGUGUCGAGAUACAAGACCUCGAUCUGUGAACCAGAUUUGUUCUUACGACGCAUCUUCGUCGCUGAUUCUCUUUUAUAGUACUAGUGAGCUAGAACUAGACGUAAUAAAGCUAAAAGUGCUUUAUUUGACAAGAAAGUGCUGCAACGACUUCUCUAUGACAAAAACUACAUCACAAUGAGAAUGGAGCCUCUUCAUAAUUGACGAACAAAAUAGCGACUUGUUUGAAACUUCUUAUCGAUUACCCCAGUCUUCCCCCGUUCUCGCUCCUCGUAGUAUCUUCAAUGGAUUCAGGCCCCCCAUAAGAACGGCAUACUUACACGUGAUGGCUCAUUGCGUAGGCGCAGCUACUUCUUGUGCCGUAAACAACGCGCACCAAGAAUAUUCGAGACUGUUCCAUUUUUCAACAGAGGAAUAACACAAGAGUGGUUCCUUCCUACUUUUGUACUGAUGCCCAGCAAAUAAACUAUUUUGCUCUACAACUAAAAAUUUGAUAAAGAAUUCAUUGAAAUAUAUUUCCAACCAGAAUGAAUCACUUCCAUUCAGACAACAUUGUCUUUGUAGGAGACUAAUACGAGUUUCGUCCUAACGCACGCACGUGGAAGUGGAACCAUAGCAGGAGGGAAAAGCAUGUGAUUGUUGGACGAGCUCGAGCAUCAAUAAGCUGAACAAGAAUUAUCGACUCUCUUUUUUUAUCUCUAGGGAUCGAUGACUGAUGUCGUGUCAAUAUAAACCAAC